AUGGGCGAUAACUGGUAUGGUGCCGCCAGUAGCGGUGUCCGUUCAUCAGUCAAGGACCUGGUCAAGCCGUAUGGCGGCUAUAUGGAGGAUUUCAACGACGAGUUUGAUGGCGACACAUCCUCGUUCAAGGGGUUAACCUUUAAACAGCUCACCCACAUGAUGUCUGUUCAACUCUCUGGACGCCUUGGCCAGAUCGGUACAAAUCCCGGCCUUCUCCCCAAGGGCAUGCCCAAUAUUGGCAAGGGCACACCUGUGUGCUUGAAUGAGAGUGGCCAGAAAUCAGGAACAUCUCCAAAGGCUCUAGAGGGGUAUGUUGGCACCUAUUGGGAUGACUUGCAUGCUGCCAAGAUUGACGUUAUCCUCAGCGACAAGAGGCUUUAUUGGCUGACCCAGAGCCUUGAGCUGGAGAGGUUCUCUCUUUACAUGUCUCUACCUACGACUUCACCUUUUAAUCCAGAUGGCGGAAGAGGUCGACGACAUUCCAUCUUUGCAGACUUUCUGCCCGAUGAUUUGACCUUUCCUCCACCGUUCAUCGACACGGCUCCUAAUGCGGACGAGAUUCUAAACAGAGAUAUCGAGGACUGCUCCUCUGGGGACGAACACAACGAUGAAGAAGCGGUGCAAGACCCGCGAUAUGUCAACGAGACAGAUCUGCAGCUUGCAUUCCACCCCAGCGGCGUGGCCUUCGGCUCGGGCUUCUCCACGGUCCCUCCAACAAGCAUAGAGAUUCCACCUCCGAACCCUCACGACUUUGAACAAUCCUUCCGCGCCGAGGUUUCCCUUCUUAGAGAUAACGACAUCCUCCCCUCCAAGCAUCCUCGAACUGGAUGGAGAGCAUCCUUCUGGGGACGUGUCUACCGCCACCUCUUCAGCACCCGCGUACACGACCACGACAAGCCCUUAUUCUCGACUGAGGAGUCUACGGAGACUUCGCCACUGCUGCGACACAGAAUUGUGCGGUUCGAUGGUAUACCGCCCACGCCGCCAGCCGAUGAUGUACACAAGCGAUGGGAGGAGGCACUGGCUUCGCAUAACAUCGAGACAACCUGGCAGCGAGAGACAAAGACGCUGGUACAAUAUGCGCUGCCUUUGAUCGCUACCUUUCUUCUGCACUACUCCGUUACUGUUGCGAGUGUCCUGACGGUUGGUAGAAUUGGGGUGGAUGAGCUAGCAGCGGUCAAUUUGGCUACCAUGACAGCAAGCAUCACAUACUACGUCCCCGUGCAAGGCCUGGCGACCUGUCUGGACACGCUCUGUGCUCAAGCGUACGGCUCAGGCCACAAACACCUCGUCGGCCUCCAAGCCCAGCGUAUGACCUGGCUUCUGUGGAUCCUCAUGAUCCCCAUCGCCGUUCUCUGGUGGUUCUCUGAGCCCAUCCUCGCAGCAGCCGUUGGCAAAGGAAGGACGACUGAACUAGCAGCCAUGUACAUGCGUAUUCUCAUCCUGGGUAUGCCUGGUGUCUCAGCCUUUGAGAGCGCCAAGCGUUUCGUGCAGUCGCAGGGCUUGUUCCACGCCACGACGUACACUUUACUAGUGGGUGCUCCACUGAGCUUUCUGCAGAAUUGGCUGUUUGUGUUCAAACUUGGAUGGGGAUUUCCCGGUGCUGCUGUCGCGAUGGCGGUCACACAUAAUCUACUUCCUCUCAUCCUCAUCUUAUACGUGAGACUGUUUGAAGGAUCCGAGUGCUGGAAGGGGUUCAGCCGCAAGGCAUUCAGCAAUUGGGGUCCGAUGAUCAAGUUGGCUCUGCCCGGAAUGAUCAUGAUCGAGGCGCAGUUCUCCGUACUAGAGAUUCUCACCAUUGCCGCUGGUAGGUUCGGUACUGCGCAACUCGCUGCUCAGGGUGUUCUCGUGACGUUGACGUCGACUUCGUUCAACAUCCCAUUCCCAUUGGCAAUUGCGACCUCGACUCGCGUUGCCAACCUCAUCGGAGCCAAUCUCAGCCAGGCUGCGCGAGUGACUGCUAAAGUGGCCAUCGUUGCCGGGCUUCUCGUUGGCUUGUUCAACUUGACCAUCUUCGCCACUCUGAGAAAACAACUUCCUCGUAUUUUUACCGAUGAUGAUCAGGUCGUUGAAAUCACCUCAAGCACCAUCCUUGUAUGUGCAGUGAUGCAGAUCUUCGACGCCCUAGCAGCUGUAUCGCAUGGUCUCCUGCGAGGAAUCGGCCGCCAGGCUGUCGGAGGCUACGCCAACCUCUUCUCAUACUACGUGGUAGCACUGCCAAUUGCGCUUGGCACCAGCUUCGGACUCGGCUGGAAGUUGUCUGGUCUAUGGGUGGGAUUGACAGCUGGACUUGCUGUUGUGUCGGGUCUCGAAGCUAUCUACCUUUACUUUACAGACUGGGAGGCUGCUGUUGCGCAGGCUGAAGCUAGGAUGCGAGCGGAAACUACUCGAAGACGCUCGUCGGUCUCCGGUCUAUCGCAGUAA